GUGAUGACGAAGGCAGGGGAGGGAGGGGUCGGUGAUGUACGUGGCCCGGCCCCGCGGCCGCUCUUUAUAAAGCAAGAGGCAAACGGCUUCUGGACACUUAGCUUUCGACAAGUCGGGAGUGUCAUGAUGUUGGGGGUGGCGCGGGGAGUGGUGGCUGUUGUGUUCCUGGCGUCUCUGGUGAUUUGUGCGCAACUGUUCGGCGCGCUCGAAUCCGUGUCCACGGAGCAGCCGGAGGUGCUGGAUGCCGCGCACUUCGCCAUGAGCGAGUACAACAAGGCGUCCAACGACAUGUACCUCUACAAGAUCAUGAGGAUCGUGUCUGCCCAGCAGCAGAUUGUUUCUGGGCUAAAGUACGUUAUUCAGGCUGAAGUGGGGAGAACACAAUGCAGACGGGGAGCGGUUGAUGAUCUGGAAUCCUGUGAAUUCCAUGAAACCCCACAGAAAACACUUUGCAGCUUUGAGGUUCUUGUAGUCCCUUGGAGAGAAGAAAUUUCUAUGAUGAUGAUGACGUGCAGACCAUCAAACAACUGAAUUUCUGCAUUGCAGCAGAUUAAUUUGCAUUUGGUUAACAGCUGUUUGACGAUAAGCUCCUGCUGUGCUUUCAGUAUACUAAAAGCAACCUUUGCCUUUAUUUUAUGGAAAUUGUGAUAUAUGAAUGUUAAAUGCAUCACCUACACAGCAAAAUCACUGUAGCUUCCAUUUAAGUUAAAUAAAGAUGCCUAACACUGAA